AUGGCGCAGGACUGCGAGGGCAGCUGGUGCAAGUCCCAGCACGAGAGUCCCCUGAGGACGAAGCUGUGGUUCGGCCCGAGGCUAGGCCGCAAGCGCCGGUCCUUCGGCCCACUGUUUCCGGCGACGAGGGCAAGCGCCGAGGCUUACGACGCUCUCCUCGCCGAUCUCUACAGUGUGCCCGGUGCGUUGAAACUCCAGAAACUGACCGCGUCACCGCAGGGUGUGAUCGGCGCCAAGGAGAAGCGGCAGGAGACGACCUUCACCCCGAGACUGGGGCGCGACCUCGGCAACGUGUACCCGAUCUACGACCUCGCGCGUCUCCUCUACGAGCAAGUCCGCGAGCUGGAGGACAGCGAGCAGGAGCAACAGACGCCACCACCGAACUUUCCCCCCAGGCUGGGUCGCAACCUCCUGCUCACCGAGUCGUCGACUACGGGGCUCGCUCGCGAGCAGAUGCUCCGCUAUAUUUUGCAGCAGCUUGACUUGUAAGGGUAUAUAGCAAGGCACUCGCGGUGUUGUUCGUCUCUUUUGAUUUUUUUUUUUUUUUUUAUGAAUUGUACAAACGGGCGAUCAUCACGAGACCGGCAACAGAAUAAUUAUGUAUUUUUACGAGUGGUUCUUCGAGAGAUCAGGGAAAAUCCCAAGCAGUGGCUUUUUAAAGAUUAUUAUGGUUUCUUUAUCGGAGUGCAAGA